CUUUGUAUCAACGUUGCAGGUGCAUCAUACGAUUAAAGGGAAGCUAUGGCUGGUCCACUUCCUAAUGAACAAUUACAAACAUUUAAAGAAGUUCUGCAAAAUCAAGGGCCUGCGGCAGCCGCUGCACAGCUCAAUGCUUAUUUGGAAGAGCAGGAUAAUAUUCCACUUCACAUCGCCGUCACAGGAGAGACUGGCUCUGGUAAAUCCACCUUUGUUAACGCCUUUAGAGGCAUAGACAACAAGGAUGAGAAUGCCGCCCCUACUGGUUGUGUAGAAACCACCAUGAAGGUCGAAUCAUACCCCCAUCCACAAUAUCCCAAUGUUACACUGUGGGAUCUUCCUGGAAUUGGCACCCCCAAUUUUCCAGCUGACAAGUACCUGCAGCUUGUUGGCUUUGAAAGAUUUGACUUCUUCAUCAUCAUCUCAGCUGAUCGCUUCAGAGAAAAUGAUGUGAAACUCGCUCUGGAGAUUCAGAAGAUGGGGAAGAAGUUCUACUUUGUUCGCUCAAAGAUUGACAAUAACAUGCGUGAGGCAACAAGAAGUCAAAGAGAUUUCAAUGCUGAAGAUACCCUUAAAAAAAUCAGAGACGACUGCAUUAAAGGUCUUGAAAAUCAAGAUAUACGGUCUCCACAAGUCUUCCUGGUCUCCAGCUUUGAUCUCCACCUGUAUGACUUCCGUCUGUUAAUGGAGACCCUGGAGAGAGAGCUUCCUGCACACAAGAGAGAUGUUCUGCUGUUAGCAGUGGCGGCUCCAGAGUAUUUUAGUUGGGGAAUCUAUGCAGCAGAGGAAGUGUCCAGAUUUAUUCCAUUUUUUGGAUUUGUAGCAGCAGCGGCCAUCUCUUAUGCCUGCACCUACAGAGCUCUCACUACUAUCCUCAACAUGCUUGCUGAGGAUGCUCAGAGGGUAUUCAGAAAGGCCCUGGACUUGGACACCUCAGUGUGA